AUGCUAGUGCGCCUCGACCUCGCCGUCGCUGACAAGUCGGCAGGAUGUGGCAACGAUCCGAAGAUAGGUUCCCAGACAUACACAAUGACGGUUAACGGGAAAUCGAGGCAGUAUAUCAUGAAGCUUCCCGACAACUAUGACAAGACGCACCCCUACUGGCUCGUUUUCCUGUGGCACCCGCUUGGCGGCACCGCAACCAGGAUUGUGCAAGGGGAGGACCCCAACCGUGGCGGUAUAUUGCCUUACUACGGCCUGUCGCCGCUAGCCAACAAUAGCGCCAUCUUCGUGGUGCCCAACGGUCUCAACAACGGCUGGGGUAAUGCCGGCGGCGAGGACCUGACCUUCUUUGACGAGAUGGUCAAGACCGUCGAAGCUGAUCUCUGCGUUGACACCAACCUGCGUUUCUCGACAGGUUUCAGCUAUGGCGGCGCGAUGUCCUUCGCACUGGCCUGCGCGCGUCCUAAGAUUAUCCGAGCUGUGGCCGUACUUUCAGGUGGUCUACUCAGCGGGUGCGUGGGUGGGACGGACCCGGUACCCUACUAUGCGCAGCACGGCACGUCGGACUCGGUGCUCAAUGUGGCGGGCGGGCGGUCGAUGCGCGAUCGGUUCGUCAAAAAUAACGGUUGCACACCCGUGUCGCCCGAUCCAGCGCCUAACGGUGCCCAGUCCGUUAAGACGGUAUACAAGAAUUGCAAGGAUGGAUUUCCCGUCACGUGGGUAAUUCAUAAGGGCGAUCACAACCCGUCCGAGGCCGACGGCGGGUCGUCCACCCCGUUUGCGCCGCUUAACACAUGGGAAUUCUUCUCGCAGUUCACCCCGACCCCUGUAUGA